GAGUUCAGUCCGUUUUCUUGUAUUAGUUUAAGGGGCGUUCUGCCACAUCCAAGAUGGCGGAGUCGUUGACGUUUCGCUGCAACGGACCAACAGGCUCAACGCGGCGUCUACUUAUGAGGAGCAGGACUGCCAGAGCGUUGAAGAAGAGUUUGUAGGACUUCUGAAAGACACUGGAAAACUUCCAAAUGCGGUCCAUCGACACGGGCUGUAGUUUUCUACGUGGGCUACAGCGGCUGCCUCGUUUACGUUUGUUGGGAAGUUUUCUUUAACCUUAAAAGUGUCUUUUUUUCGUAUUUUGAGGGAAAGUUAUUUCUUGGGGCGCUGAGGGGAUAAUGCAUUAUCACUCAUUUGGUCAAGUACGGUGUCCAAAAGUACCGGGGAGUAAAAGGUGAGCAUCUAAGAAAGUCCGACGGCAUUUCCUGAAGUUUAAGCGAAUAACCUGGGAUGACUUGAACCGCCUCCCGUGGAAAAGACAACACCGAGCUGGACACAAAGAGAAGCUUUCAGGAACCGGGAGAUUCGCGGAGUGAGCAGCGCGAACGCCUUUUUUUUUUCAAUGUGCUGGACAUGAACGCCACACCGGGGUGAAAAGGGGAGAAUAAAUGAGUGCUUUGCCAAACAAAGGACAUCUUCGUCGGACUGAAAACCGCCGAGUGAAAGAGAAGCCUUGAGAGAAAUGGAGGAGGAAGGCUCGAUUGAGCCAAACUACGUUUCAGCGGAGGAGUCGGUCGCGCUGGGCUUCGAACCCUUGUGAUAAGGCUAGUCCACCAGCGGUCUCCCCUUUGCCAAUGCGGCGGUGUUUUUCUGCUGGCGUGUGAAAAUGAGGCUGUGUUGGCGGCAGUUGUUGGUGGUUCUGCUGCUGAGUGCCUGCCGCGGCUCCUCGCCCCUCUUCCCCUGCAAAUCCUCCGACGAGAGGCCGAAAAGCGGCGUGAAAAGCCCCACGCCCGACAAGAAAGUGGUGUGCAGCAACAUGGAGCUCCGUCAGGUGUUGCCCGCGGAGUCCCUCCCGAACAGAACAGUCACACUGAUUUUGAGCAACAACAAGAUUCAAGAGCUCAGAAAUGGAUCUUUCAUUGGACUGUCUGCUUUGGAAAAACUGGAUAUGCGGAGUAACGCGAUCAGUCGUAUUGAACCAGGAGCUUUUCUGGGCUUGCCAGCACUCAAAAGACUAGACCUGUCCAACAACAGCAUUGGCUGCCUGAAUGUGGACAUCUUUAAGGGCCUUGGCAGUCUGACUCGACUGAACCUGACAGAAAACAUGUUCUCUUCUUUGACUCAGGGGACCUUUGACAGUUUAGUGUCCCUAAAGACACUGGAGUUUCAGACUCCUUACUUGCUGUGUGACUGCAACCUUCAGUGGCUUCUGCGUUGGAUUAAAGACCGGAACAUCGUUGUGAAAAACACAAAGUGCUCUUACCCGCAGUCUUACCAGGGCCGGCUCAUAACCUCCAUCAAACCAGAGGCUCUCACCUGUGAUGCUCCUCUGGAGUUGCCCUCCUUCCAGCUGACUCCAUCACAGCGACAGGUUGUCUUUCAGGGAGACAGCCUGCCAUUCCAAUGUCAGGCUUCCCUCGUUGCUGAGGACAUGCAGGUGCUUUGGUACCAGAACGGACACAUGGUCAAGCAUGACGCCACUCAAGGCAUCUUCAUUGAAAAGCGCAUUGUGCAGAACUGCUCCCUGAUUGCCAGUGCCUUGACCAUCUCAAAUAUCCAGCCGGAUUUUACGGGAAACUGGGAGUGUCAGGUCCGAACAAGCCGGGGCAAAACCACCAGGACGGUCCACAUCGUGGUGUUGGAAAGUUCUGCCAAGUAUUGCGCUCCUGAACGGGUUUCUAAUAACAAGGGAGAGUUCAGAUGGCCACGCACUCUGGCGGGAAUCAGAGCUUACCUCCCCUGCAACAGACUUCCAUCCAGCGCAGGCAUCUACUCGGGCAGCUCGGGCGAAGAGCAGCAGGCGUGGCGCUACUGCAGUCGUGACGGGCUGUGGGCAGAGGAGGAUUAUUCCAGCUGCCAGUUUCAGAAAGAUGUUACAAGAUUUCUCUAUGUCAUCAACCAGAUGCCUCUCAAUGAGAGCAAUGUGGUAACCAGAGCACGGCGCCUGUUGCUCUACACAAUCGAUGCUGCCAACUUCUCAGACAAGAUGGACAUUAUCUUUGUCGCCGAGAUGAUUGAGAAGUUUGGGAAAUUUGUUGAAAAGUUUAAAGAUCUUGGCGAGGUGAUGGUUAGCAUGGCCAGUAACUUGAUGCUGGCUGAUGAGAGGGUGCUGUGGAUGGCUCAGCGGGAAGCCAUGGCCUGCACCCGCAUCAUCGCUUGUCUCCAGAAGAUCGCUGUGUGCCGCUUAGCAACUUCCCAGGCCUUCUUCCUGGUUAGCCCCUCCAUCAUUUAUGCAGCCCUUCGGACCAAAGUGGUUCCAGUGCUGACAUCCCCAAACAUUGCACUGGAAGCUCAUGCUGUAAGGGCCAAUGACUGGAACGGCAUGACCUGCAUGUUAUUCCAGAAGCUGAGCCCUGAGCGAACGUCCGGCCAUGACCGCCAGCUCACGUUUAAAUGCAAUACUACCAGCUCUUUAUCCAGCAUCCUUUACAAGAGCACGAUUGUGGAGGCCUCUCUGCAACUUCCUCCGUCUCUCUUAUCCCAAGCUGUGGACCCUGGAAAGGCAGAGGACACAGUCUACAAGCUCCACCUGCUGGGUUUCCGCAACGGCAAGUUUUUUCCCUCCACUGGCAACACGUCCCUGCUGGCUGAUGGAGGAAAGAGGAGGAAUGUAGCCACACCUGUUAUCAUGGCUACGAUAGAUGGCGUGUCUCUGCAUGUCCUGCGGACUCCCAUCAACGUCACUCUGAGGCGGUUUGCUCGCGGCUCAGAUGCCGUCUCCGCCUGUUGGAACUUCAGCCUGGCAGGAGGGCAGGGAGGAUGGAAGAGCGACGGGUGCCGCAUCCUGGAGCAUCAUGACAACUUCACCACCAUAUCCUGCAGUUCUUUGGGCAACUAUGGCCUGCUGAUGGACCUCAGCAGUGUUGAGUUUUUUUCUCCAAGCAUCCAGCCCCUGCAUCCAGUCAUCUACGCAACAACUAUUAUUCUGCUCAUCUGCCUGCUCACUAUUAUUAUUAGCUACAUCUACCAUCACAGGUCGGUCCGUGUAAGCCGCAAGUUCUGGCACAUGUUGGUCAACCUCUGUUUCCACAUGUCCCUCACCUGUGGGGUCUUUGUGAGCGGCAUCAAUCAGACACGAUACACAAGUGUCUGCCAGGCGGUGGGCAUUUUGCUGCACUACUCCACUCUGGCCACUGCUCUGUGGGUGGGUGUGACUGCACGCAACAUUUACAAACAGAUAACACGUAAGGCCAAGCGAUACGAGGAGCUCGACGAACCACCACCACCACCGAGGCCCAUGCUCAGGUUCUACUUGAUAGGAGGAGGUAUACCUAUCAUCGUCUGUGGGAUCACUGCAGCAGCCAACAUCAAAAACUACGGCAGCCAGGCAAAUGCACCAUUUUGCUGGAUGGCAUGGGAACCAAGUAUCGGCGCCUUUUACGGCCCAGCGGGAUUCAUCGUCUUCGUGGACUGCAUGUACUUCCUCAGCAUCCUGCUGCAGUUACGCCGACACCCCGAGCGUCGCUAUGAGCUGAAGGAGCCGUCGGAAGAGCAGCAACGUCUGGCCGCAGCCAGCGGCGAUGCGGGGCCAGAUGGUCCGAGCAGCCACUGCCACCCCUUCACUCUGCAGCUUCAGCCCCACGAAGCGCCGCCCUCCAUCGUGUCUGCGCCCCACGCCGUGCCCCUGUCAGCCCUGGAGAACGAGCACACGUUCACUGCACAGCUGAUGGGCGCGGCGGGGGCUUUGGGGCUUUACGCAGCCCUCUGGGUGUUUGGUGCCAUGGCUGUAUCCCAGGACCACCCCUUCGACUUAGCUUUCACCUGCCUGUUUGGGGUGGCCGCGCUGGCCCUCGCGGCAUUCAUGGUGGCACACCACUGCGUCAACAGGCAAGAUAUUAGGCAAUACUGGUCACAGAAUUGUUGCUCCGGAAGGCGCGCAUACUCUGCUCAGGAGGAUGUGCUUUUGCCCCAGCCAGGUGCUCCAGCAACAGCCCCGGCGGGAUCCGAUAACAAACCAGAUGGCGAAUCGAUAAAGUUUGGCCACAGCAGCGCGGACUCGUCUUACACAAAUAGGAGCGCCCCGAGCAUGCGCAACUCUGCCCACGGCAGCAAGCUGACCAAUCUGCACGCAGAGGCAGCUCAGUGCAAGUCGGCGCUGGCGCCAGCCAGUGGUCCGGCCAUUUUGGACAACAGCCUGACUGAACAUUCACUGGACAACGAAAUUAAAAUGCACGCGGCUCCGGUGGAGGUGUUGUUCCAUCCCAUGAACAACGUCAGCAACCCAGCACCCGUCACCAACGGACACACAAGCAGGCACCAGAAAAACAGAGCCCGGGCACACAGGGCGAGCCGGCUCACCGUGCUGCGAGAGUACGCCUACGACGUCCCCACCAGCGUGGAGGGCAGCGUGCAGAGCGCCCCCCACAGGCGGCAGCACCACUACGACAUGGCGGCGCGCAACAGCCGGCGAGCGGCCUACAUGGCGUACAGGGAGCGCCAUCAGAGCCAGCUGCAGCAGGACAGCAGCGACAGCGCCAGCCUGCCGCGGCGCUCCCGCCACUCCGACAAAGGAAGCGGGAGUUUGCUCGGGAACGGGACAGUGGUGACCGUAGAGACGGAGCCGGCGGCUGAUGCUGGUGUGUCAGACUCAAUUAAGGACUGCGGUCCAGUCAGGCAGCCCGGCAGCACAGAACUGGAGAGCCAGAAUAAGUCAUACGGCCUCAACCUCGUCACCCAGAAUGGUGGCACCCUGAAAGAAAACGGACAAACGGCGCCUUUAAUCAGCAGCGACAGUGCAACCAGUAUAAAAACAGGACUGUGGAAACAUGAAACUACUGUGUAGCAACAGUUUCCAUCUGUAAGACUGCAGAACAAAACCCUCACACCUUUAAACUGUGAAGCAUAUUUUACAUUUUUGUACCGGUACUUUUUUUUUGCAAGAAGUGCUUUAAACUAGUCGAUUAGUCACAAUACUGCCACUGAUUGUCCAUAGGUAUGUUUUUGUAAAUGUUUUAUUUUUUUAUAAGUUUUAAUCCAACACCAGUUAUACUUCAGAGUUCUGUACAUGGAUCUGUUCUGAUCCGUGGCUCUGUGCAUACCUGAUCAUUUUCUACGUGAUUUCUGCAAUAAUAAAACAAAAGUUACCUUACAGA